UAACAUUACAUACUUUUAGAAAUAUUAAUUGUGUUUAAACACGAUUAUAAUGAACGAACUAUUUCAAGGAACGAUUCUUUUGUUUUAUUAUAGCAGACAUUAUAUGACAUUUUAGUUUUUACUAAAUUUUCACUCGAAUAUAUUUUAAUAAUAAUAUACGAAUAUAUUUAUUUUCUAACGACGAAACGAUAUAUUACGUUGAUAUGUUUAACAAAAUAAUGAUAUUUCGUUGGCUAUAUUUGUACAAAAUUUGAAACGCAAUACGAAAAGACAAAAUUUUAUCAGAAUUAAGAACAUAGCUUUUAUUAAGAUUUCUUUUCAAAUGAACCCAAAUAAGCGUCGAAAAACGUCAUUGAGAUGCAAAGAGCAGAAGAAUAUGCAAAAGCAUACGGCCGAUGAAAGUUUUUACUAUCACACUCUGGACACACUUCCACCAGAAGUUUUAGAAAUAGUAUUACGUUUAUUACCCUUACAUGAUGUAGCUACUGCAGUUCGUCUAGUGUCCAGACGUUGUUCGAACGUCGCUACGAUAGUUUUGAAUACUUCAUUUCUUAUUGCUGGUACAAAACUUGAAAGUGCAAUGAAACAUACAGAAACAAUGAUAAUGAAAGUUAAGACAGGUGCUGACCUACUAACCUUCAGCAGAGUAUUCAAUAUCCUAGAAAUGGUCAUGGCACAAUACAAGAUGCUCAGAGCUGUAACUUGGAGAUAUACACAUCCUUCAAAACCAGAGAAAUUUUCACGACUUUGUUUUUAUGCUGGUAGUCUGCUUGAUAAUUUAAAUAGUUUGCUUCAUCGUGCUAUAAAUUGUCCUGUUUCUUUAUUUGGGCUCCAUCCGCCAGAUUCUAGCAUUAUUUUCUUUAUAUCUGAUUGCAAGCGUUUUAUGAACUAUUUUGAAAAAAAUUCUGAAUGCAAAGUGAACAGAUCUGUUUUGGUGUCCGGAUGUAAAGCUAUAGAUGUUCUAGACUGUCUUGCAGAAGGACGUCAAGUUUUAUCAUUUAAUAUAUUGUCUAAUGAAGGAAUCAAAAAUGAUAUUAUUAGUAUGAAGCUAAAAUAUGUAAUAAAACGAGCUUGGUUUACUUGUCUAAAAAUUCCAAGUAUACCUGAUGAAAAUUCUUGGAAAGACCAGCAGCGUUUUAUGUACCUCAGAUUACGUCGUUUAGUUAGCAGUGUCAAUGAACAUUAUUAUGAAAAUUUACAAUAUGAACGAGAAUUACUUUUUCAGGAACCGUCCAUACCACCUCCAAGAAUACCGCCAGUAUCCACAUAUUCUGGUUAUGGAGAAUAUGGUGGACAAUUCUUUUAUUAUGGGAACAUGAAUAAGUAUGCUUAUGAGAGCAAAAUCAAAUCCUUACCAGUAACUGACCACGAAAAUGCACAAGAUGAUAUUGAAAAAAUUCAUGGAACACCUUGUUUCAAUCUCAUCAUAGCUGUAGAAUUAAAAUGUUCAAUAGAACUGGCACCUUUUACUGUAAGAACUUUAUUGCAGUCCAAUGAGCUAGAAAUAUAUACAAAAACUCCUAAUCGGCCAGAGCUUUAUUUAAAACUCGAUAUCAUGUGUCCUGCUUCAUUGGCUAAUAGAUUACCAGGAAAUUUUACUUGGGAGCUUAAUAGUUCUCGUCAUAUACGUCAUUCUUCUUAGUACAUUACAAAUAAAUUUUUUAAUUAUAACACAAAACAGAAAAAUGAUAUACUUUUGUUAUAAUUGAUGUAAUCUUUUGAUAAGCAAAAGAUAUUGGAAAAAUUGCUAUAUAAUUUUUAUAUUUUUAACAUAUAAUCUAUUAUAUUAAUAAGAAUCAAAAUUUUUAUCAUGUUUUAUAUAUUAUCAUCAAAAUUUUGAUUACAUGUUUAUAAUUUGUCAGGAAUUCAUUUAAAAAGCAUUCUUUUGAAACUAAAAAUUCAUAUAUACUAUAAACUAUAUACUAGAUUUUAUCUUCCAAUAACAUUAUUAUAAUGUCUCAUUUACUUACAUAAAAUUAAUAAUAAUACUC